AUGAAUUUCAUCAAGAAAACUUUUGUUCAUGAAGAUUUUGCUGCUGAAUCUCGAGUUGUUAGUGAAAGGGUUCAAAAUCCUGUACUGAAUUUGAAGCAACAACUAAUUUCAAAUCCAAUUGCAAUUUUAUCUAUGAUUCUCAAUAUACCAUUUUCUUUCACAGGAGAUCAUAACUUCAAUUUGUUUACUCACAUAUUGAUAGGUACAGCUGUACCGGGUUUCAAUAUUCCAACUUUCAAUCAGGAAUUUGUGAAAAAGAAGUUCCACUCAAACAAAGUAGCCCUUUUCAAGCUAGAACAUCUUUUAAAGCAAAAUGAUGUGUUGGGAUUGAAAGAAGGAACAUCUGCUCGUAAUGGACUUGAAGUCGGUCCAGGAUCUUCAAAAAGAGUGCCAACAACGUCUUUGGUGGAUGAAUCUAGAAUACUUGGUAGAAAUGGUGAUAAAGAGGAAAUUAUUGAUUUCUUACUUUUAGACAAUGGUAGUGGUUGCAACCACGCACCAAUAAUCAGCAUAGUUGGUCUUGGUGGGAUGGGUAAGACAACCCUUGCUAGGCUCGUCUACAAUGACGACAAGGUGCAAACCAGCUUUGAACUUAAAGCUUGGGUUUAUGUUUCAAAUCCAUUUGAUAUUUUUGGGCUCACUAAAGAAAUUCUCGAGCAAUUUAAUUCUCCAACAGAUAGUGAAAGCUUGGAAAUACUUCAACGUCAAUUGCAACAGAUAGUAAUGGGAAAGAAAUAUUUGCUUGUUCUAGAUGAUAUUUGGAAAGCUAAUGAGAAAAGUUGGGAGCAGUUACUAAUUCCCUUUAAUAAAGGAUCUUCUGGAAGUAAGAUGAUCGUGACAACACGAAGUAAGGAUGAUGCAUCAGCCAUGGAAUCUGCCAAGUUAGUUGAAUUAGAACAACUCGAGAAGAGUGAUUGCUGGAGUUUAUUUGUGACACAUGCUUUUUACGACAGAAACGCAAGUGAUUAUCCAGAUCUUGAACCAAUUGGAAAGAUGAUUGUAGACAAGUGUGGAGGGUUGCCAUUAGCUGUUAAAACAAUGGGGAACCUCUUGAGAAAAAAAUUCUCUAAAAGUGAAUGGGAGAAAAUAUUGAAGACUGAUAUGUGGUGUUUAUCAGAGAGAGACAGCAACAUAAAUCCAGUAUUGAGACUGAGUUACCAUAAUCUUCCUUCAAAUUCGAAGCGUUGUUUUGCAUAUUGUUCCAUAUUUCCCAAGGGUUAUAUGUUUAACAAGAAUAAGUUAAUCAAAAUGUGGAUGGCAAAUGGUUUUCUGAAUUCCUACAAAAGUAACAAAAGUAAAAAAGAGUUGGGUAGUGAGUUAUUUGAUGAUCUUGAGUCAAUUUCAUUUUUCCAAGAAUCACUAUAUUUUCCUGGACUUUUUGUCAUGCAUGAUCUUGUCAAUGACUUGGCAAAAUCAGAGUCUAGAGAGUUUUGCUUAGAAGUGAAAGGUGAUAUGGGGCAAGAUAUAUCUGAAAGGACACGCCACAUUUGGUGUUCUCAUGACACUAGUUGUGAUUUGAAAGUCGGCGAUGGGAUAUUAAAGCACAUUUCUAAAGCUAAGGGAUUACACAGCUUGUUGGUAGAAUCACCAAGGUAUGGUGGCAAAUGCUUCAUGAUAAGCAACAAUAUGCAAUGUGAUAUGUUUUCAAAAUUAAAAUAUUUGCGGAUGUUAUCAUUUAGUGAUUACAAAAAUGCAUCCGGAGAGCUAGAACUAGCGGAUGAGAUAGGGAGUUUAAAUCUUUUGCGCUAUCUAGACCUGUCUUGGACAAAUAUUAAAAGGAUACCCGACUCUAUCUGUAAGCUUUAUAACUUGGAGAGACUGGAAUUGGAAGGGUGUGAUAAUUUGACUGAAUUUCCUUUAGAUUUUUACAAACUUGACCGUUUAGGCCAUCUUAAUUUGGAAGGAACUCCAAUAAAGAAGAUGCCAAAGAACAUAAGGAAACUAAACCAUCUACAAACACUGACUAAUUUUGUUGUGGGAGAGUCGAGUGGGUCUGAUAUUGAGGAGUUAGAAAGUCUCAAUCUUCUUCAAGGAAAAAUUAGUCUUUCAGGAUUGAACAAUGUCACGGAUCCUACACAUGCCGUAAAGAGCCGUUUGCAAGAUAAGAAGUAUUUAGAAGAAAUACAUAUGAUAUUUGAUGGUUCAGUAGUGGAAAGCAAUGUGUCUGUCUUGGAUGCCCUUCAACCAAAUAACAAUCUGAAGAGACUCACUAUCCAGAACUACAAUGGCAAUAUGUUUCCAACUUGGAUAAGGGGAUGUGAUUUACCCAAUUUAAUAUCUCUUAAACUUCAGAACUGUAAUGGAAUAAAGAUCUUUGGCAAUAACUCAACAAAUGUUCCAUUCAAGUUCCUUGAAGUUUUGAAAUUUGUCUGUUUGUCUGAAUGGGAGGAAUGGGUAUGUAUUGAAGGGUUUCCUCGGCUUAAAGAGAUUUCUAUAAAUGAUUGUCCAAAAUUGAAAAGGGUAUCACUGCCUCAACAUCUUCCUUCAUUACAAAAAUUGAUGAUUGGGGAUUGUGAAAUGCUAGACGUAUCAUUUCCCAAUUUUGAUAAUAUCAUAGAGUUAGAUAUAUGGAGUUGUGGGCGGAUUUUGAUAAAUGAGUUGUCAUCCAGCUUGAAAGAUUUCAGAGUUGAGGGAAAUCAGUACGUUGAGUUUUCCAUGGAUCAUUUAAUUAACAAUCCCAAUUUGGAAGAGUUGGAGUUGGAUUUCAAGGACUUUGUAGAAUACCCCUCAAUGGAUUUGUGUUGUUAUAAUUCUCUGUCAAAACUUUCAAUAAAAGGAUGGAAGUUCUCCUCCUUGCCUUUUUCACUACACUUGUUCCCCAAUCUUGAAUAUCUAGAAAUCCGUGAUUGUCCAGAAUUAGAAUCUUUUUCUAUGGGAGGUUUGCCUUCAAACUUGAGCUGCCUUACAAUAUAUAAUUGCCCAAAACUAAUUGCUUCCAGAGAGAAGUGGGGUUUGUUCCAACUCAAUUCUCUAUAUUACUUCACUGUUAGUGAUGAUUUUGAAAACGUGGAGUCCUUCCCCGAGCAGAACCUACUGCCACCAACUCUGAAAGUUCUUACAUUGGAUAAAUGUUCAAAGCUAAGAAUAUUGAACUUCAGGGGAUUUCUCCACCUCAAAUCUCUUAGUAAUAUAUGGAUUGAAAAUUGCCAUAGUCUUGAGAGUUUGCCGGAGGAGGAUCUACCCAACUCCCUUAGAGUAUUAUCAAUUCUUAGUUGUCCAUUACUCGAGGAGAAAUACAAAAAGGAGGGAGGAGAGCGUUGGCAUACAAUUCGUCACAUCCCUAAUGUGAGCAUUGACUUUAUUUACCAGGAUUGGAUUGAGGGGUAGAAAUGAGGUGUUUGUCACAGGCAAGUACAAUCCACGUGUUCAUUUUUUCUUAACUUUUGUAUUUGCCAUAAUAAUAAAACCCUGUAUUUCAUAUUGAACAGUGGCAAUUCUACUGAAGCUCAAAGAUCUUGCAGUUGCAGACCAAGAGAUACCAUUGCCAUCAACAUGAAGCGCAACCGCUCUCCUAAUCUUUUCAUCAAUUCAAAAGUAUAUGUGUAAAUAAAUAAAAAUAUGGAUUUCAACAGUUUUUGAUUGUUGUGUGGUUAAUAAGAAUUUGUAUUUCCCUUUGUUAAUUGUCUAGUUUUCCUUUUCUGUAGUGUAUAUUGUGUCUACCUACAAAACAUUAAGACUGGAUACUGUAAUAUUCCUAUUAUGCUAUUGAUUCUCAAGUUGUCAAAACC